AUGGUCUGGCCAUUCUGUCCGUCAUGUCACUCGACCCUUAUUGUGGAUUCCACCGGAGCCAUAAUGUGCAACGUCUGUCCUUACCGAUCCAACCUAUCAGAAAUGACUUCUAUUCCUUCCUCGACUACAUAUUCUGCUGAUCGACCUGUUCCACUCUGGGCCAAGUCUGACGAAGAACAAGCCGCCCUGAAAACCUCGAGUGAACCAGUCCGAGCAACUAUUGAAGAACCCUGUCCGAGGUGUAGUUGCCCCGAAGUGGGAUACUAUACUGUUCAGUUGCGAUCCGUCGAUGAAGGCCAAACGGUAUUCUAUGAAUGUCCGACGUGCAAAUACACUUGGUCCAUCAACAAUUAA